GCAGCUUGUUCAAGUAACCAAACAAGUUCUUAAAAAACACUCCGAAGUCCCAUGGUCCCAUGCAGUGUUGAACUCUCCUGAUGCUCAUUUCUCCCCACUGUGAGCCAGGGAUACAGAGAGUGCUGAUGGUAUACUCUCUGUCUCUGUGUCUCCUUCCAGUCGUCGGCCCCUGUCCCAGCUCUGCUGCCUCCACCAGGAGGUGUCACUCCAUCUAUAAGGGCUUCGCUCAGUGUCUGAUGGCUCUGGGGGACAGCCUGAGUGAGAGUGCCCAGAAGAUUGAGGAUACACAGGAGAUACACACCAUCUGCAAGUCCUGGGAUGAGUUUCAUGACUGUGCGAAUGUGGCGAUGGCGGGCUGUCCUGAUGAGGCUGCUGCAGUCUGGGAGUCUCUGCGACAGGAGUCCAAGAAGAUGCAGUUUUCUGGUAACCUGUAUGACAUGUGCUCCAGUCGUAACCAACCAGCUGGCACUGCUGAUGCCCUGAGCCCACCCAACCAGGAAGAGAUUAACCAGGAGUCUCUAAAAGCACACACCCACCAUCUAGGUCCCGCCUCUUUCUGGUUGCUCUCCUUAUGUCUGUCCCUUCUGCUGCUGUUGGCCAAGAUAUAGGCACGAUCAGGGUAAAGUGGAGGGAGGAACUCAUUGAGGACAUGGGAAAAAAAUAAAAAAAUAAAAAAGGAUAAUAAACUCACAAAUAUUUUUUGUGUACUAAAACUGAGUUGCAUAUAUUUCUAGCUGCAUGUUCAGAUUGGUGGCUCCUCAUCUGUAGUGUAUUCAUUUCAUACACACAUUAUCUCUCUAACUCUCUCUGAAAUACUCUCCUCCUUUUCAUCAAUUUAAGAGUUGGAUAGUAUGGUUCCAGGGGGAUGUUGUCUGGGAGAGCUGAGGGUAGAAUGUAAAUGAGCAAAUAAACCUCAAACAUCUAGAACCCAAGACAGAUUAUUCAAGCCUCACCAGGCAAGGCUUAACAGCAACAUCUCAGACAGAAACCUGCAUCCUGGAGUUUCCUUCAGGUUGUUAUUCAAUCAGAGAGCACUGUGGGAUGUUUUGUAGCAUUAAAGGCUCAGACAAUUUUUGUUAUUUCGUUUGGGACUCACUGAGGAUUACAGAGAGAAUUACUCAGAGUAAAACCUCUAGAACAAUAGAGCUUACCUGCAGACAAGCAUAAUGAAAUAUACCCAGCUCAUGGCAGUUUGAAUGUUAAGGACUGAAGGCUUGGAUCGCUGUGUAUUCACUCAGUGCAGGUCUUUUAACACAGCGUUUAAUAACAGAUAAACCACUUAACUUACAUGAAAUCACUUCUUGUCUUGGUCAAGUCUAGGCUGACCUAGAAUUGUAUUUAGUAAUUUGUAUUCAAGAAAUAUGGAUGAAGGUGUACAUAAUGGAAUUUAUUCAUAUGAAUAUUUAUGUACAUAUCAAAUGGCACAUCAAUAUAUAGUAUCAAGCCUUUUGAUGCUGCAGGAGCCUGUGUGUAAACGGAGACCCUGGUGAAAUAAUAACGGUAUAGAAAAAAGAAGAAAGGUUUUACUCAAAAGGACUUUCAUUUUAUUAAAGUCAACACCAUGAGGAUAACCCCUGCUUGACUCCCUGACAUUAAAUCUUAGCUGCGUUUAAAACCUAGUUUUAACUGAAUGAGAUAAAAUACCAUGUUGGAAAUGGAAAAUACCUUUUAAAUGUAUGUUUUCUAUUGGCUUUGCUCUCAACAGCUUUAUUGAUCAAUUUGUAUUUGCAGUGGAUUUGCAUUUUUAAUUGGAAAUUAAUCUUGUUUGCUAUUGCAGCAAGUUUGUGUGGAAUGGUGAGGGAGGCAGCAGUAAACUACAGUGAAAACUUGAAGGAAAUCAAUUUUUAUCUUCAUUGUAAAGUAAAGGACAUACAAUAUAUGAAGUAGAUUUAGUUGAUCAUUAAAUAAAUGUAAAUAUUUAAAGAAUAUUGUGUUGCUAUAACAACAGUUAGCGCUACAACAUUUUAGGUUACUGGAUAACACAUUUUAGACUGUUUGCAAACUGUGAGGACUUUAUUACUUAUCUGAAUUUCAAUAAAUUGUUUGUGUGUGUGUGGGUCUGUGUGUGUGUGUAUGUGUACAUGUACGUGUGCGUGUGUGCGUGCUUGUGUGCAUUGUGCCAGUGUAAUAACACUUGGUGAAUGAAAGCAGUAGCAAUGCCUUUUAUGUCAAAAUACAGUAUGGAGACUCUCCCUUAUCUUGCUUUACAAUAAGCUUUUUUAUUCUUGUAUACAUCAGCUCAUAAGCAUCAUUAUUCUUCACAUUAUAUAUAAUGUUACUGUACCUAUAUUGUAUACUUCUGUACUAGCAGUUAUGCUGGGGCGGCAGGUAGCCUAGUGGUUAGAGUGUAGGGGCGGCAGGUAGCCUGUGGUUAGAGCGUUGGGCCAGGAUGCGUUGGAAAGGAUGCUAGAUUGAAUCCCCGAGCUGACAAGGUAUAAAUCUGUCAUUCUGCCCCUGAACAUGCAGUUAACCCACUGUUCCCGGUAGGCCGCCAUUGUAAAUAAUAAUUUGUUCUUAACUGACUUGCCUAGUUAAAUAAAGGUUCAAUCAAAAAA